AUGACGUCGAGAAGAGGCGCGAUGAUGAUGAGCAACACAGCGCGAUGGGCGAUGAGGAACAGCGCGACGAAUACUGUUUCUUCUUUGGAGGAGGUGACGAGGAGAACGACUAUUGCGACGUUCGGUAAAAACAGAUUCUACUCUUCCGGAGAACAGCAAGACGUGGUGAUCAUCGGCGGCGGCCCAGGAGGGUACGUCGGCGCCAUCAAAGCUGCGCAACUUGGGAUGAAAGUCACGUGCGUGGAGAAACGCGCGACGCUAGGCGGGACGUGUUUGAACGUCGGAUGCAUUCCAUCCAAAGCGCUUUUGAACGCGUCGCAUAAAUACGAAGAGGCGAAGCACGGGAUGGAGAAGCACGGGAUUUCCGUCGGUGGGGAGGUGACCAUCGACGUGUCGAAGAUGAUGGCGCAAAAGAUGAAAUCCGUCGGCGGUUUGACCAAAGGCAUCGAGGGGUUGUUCAAGAAGAACAAAGUCAAUCACGUGAUUGGGUUUGGGAGUUUAGUGGAUAAGAACACGGUGGAGGUGACGAAAGAGGACGGGACGAAGGAAACGAUUUCGACGAAGAAUAUUAUUUUGGCGACAGGGUCGGAACCGGCCAAGUUGAACGGCGUGGACGUGGACGAGAAGACGGUGGUGACGAGCACCGGCGCGUUAGAGUUGGAAAAAGUUCCCGAAACCAUGGUGGUUAUUGGAGGAGGCGUGAUUGGUUUGGAGCUCGGUUCGGUUUGGUCGAGGUUAGGCUCGAAAGUGACCGUGGUGGAAUUCGCGAAAGUGAUCGGCGGGAACAUGGAUAACCAAAUCCGAACGACUUUCCAAAGAGCUUUGAAGAAACAAAAGAUUGAUUUCAAGAUGGAAACGGCGGUGAAAAAAGCGGAGAAAAUGCCAGACGGGAAGAUUGAGUUGACGAUCGAGAAAGUGAGCACGAAAGAGGAAUCGAAAAUGAUCGCGGACGUCGUGUUGGUGAGCACCGGGAGAAAGCCGUACACGGAGAAUCUCGGGUUGGAGAAACUCGGCAUUCAAACGGAUAAGAUGGGGAGAGUGGAAGUGAACGUGAAAGACCACACGUGGGAAACGAACGUCCCUGGGAUUUACGCGAUCGGUGAUAUCAUCGCGGGACCGAUGUUGGCUCAUAAAGCCGAGGAAGAGGCCAUCGCCGUGGUUGAACAUUUGUCCGGCAAGGAAGGGCACGUGAACUACGACGCCAUUCCUUCGAUUAUUUACACGCACCCAGAAGUCGCCUGGGUCGGGAAAACCGAAGAGGAAGUCAAAGAUGCUGGGUUAGAGUAUAACGUUGGCACGUUUCCGUUCGCCGCGAACUCCAGAGCGAGAACGAACGACGACAGCGAAGGGAUGGUGAAGUUCAUCUCGUGCAAGAACACGGAUAAAAUUUUCGGCGCGCACAUCGUCGGUCCGCAAGCCGGUGAAUUGUUAGGCGAGUGCGUCUUGGCCAUGGAGUACGGUGGAAGCACCGAAGAUAUCGCGAGAACCUGCCACGGCCACCCGACGUUGAGCGAAGCCGUGAAGGAAGCCGCGUUAGCUACGGGCGGGAAAGCCAUUCACUUUUAA